CUAACCUUCCUCUCUCUCCCGCUCGCUGUCUGGGCCCGCCGCCGCCUACGCGCCGUCCGCCGCCACUCGCCGCCUCCCCGCGCCGCGUGCCACGGCUGCCCCGCGUGCACCGCCGCCUGCCUCGCGCCGCUGCGCGCCCAGCUCGCCGGAGAAGAAGACGCCCUGCUUGUCGGAGAAUAAGCGCCCUAUUCAACAUUUUGAUUUUAGCAUUUUCAACAUUUCGCGUUCCCAAUUUCAACAUUUCUUCUUUACAGUUUUAACAUUUUGAAAGUCAAAUGUUGAAUCUGUUUAAGAAAAAUAUUGAGUCAAUCGUAUUAAAAUAUUAAAUAUGUUUGCAGCAGCUUAAUUUAUCUACCCAGGAUAAUUGGGCCAAAGUGGGCUUUAAAGAUGGAAGGAUCGAUAGGAAGCCCCCGCGCUGCACCGCGUCGCCCACGGCCCACCGCCGGAGAAAUGCCGCCGCGUAGACGAGAUCGCCGGAGACCCCGCGACCCGUCGCCGCCGCCCUCCGAUGCAAGGGCACCACCCUCCGCCUCAGGCAUCCGUCUCACCCUCCUCGCCCCUGUCGUUGUUCUGCUCCUUGUCCUCGCCGCCCUUGGCUUCUCCGGCCGCCUCUCCCGGUCCCCUCCCCACCCCCAGACGCUGCAGACCACCGCCCACUCCGUCUACGAGCGCGGCCUCGUCAAGCGCGACGUCUCCUCACGCGAGAUCCUCGCAGAGCGCACAAGGAUUUCCGAGAAGCGGUCGCAGCGCCAGUUCCCGAACCCUGUCCUCGCCUAUGUGACCCCCUGGAACUCCAAAGGUUAUGACAUGGCAAAAUUGUUCAGUGCAAAGCUUACUCACAUAUCACCAGUGUGGUAUGAUUUGAAGAGUGAUAGGAACAUGUUAGUUCUAGAAGGAGAACAUAAUUUUGAUGCCACAUGGGUCUCUGAACUUCAAAGCAACGGGUCUCUGGUAGUACCAAGAGUUGUCUUAGAAGCAUUUCCUGCUGUUAUACUAUUGGAAAAGAUGCAAAAAGCAAAAGCUAUUGAUCUAAUAGUGAGUGAAUGCAGGGAUAAGGGCUAUGAUGGUAUUGUUCUAGAAUCCUGGUCAAGAUGGGCUGUUUAUGGUGUGCUGGAUGAUCCAGAGCUACGUUACAUGGCACUUCAAUUUGUUAAGCAGCUGGGGGAGGCUUUGCAUUCAAUCAGCUCUAAAUCAAGUAACCGCCAUUUGGAAUUAAUUUAUGUUAUCCCAGCUCCAAGAAUGCAAGAGCUCAGUAAUCAAGACUUCAGACCAGAAGAUCUCCUGCAAUUGGCUGACUCAUUAGAUGGGUUUUCUCUUAUGACAUACGACUUCUCAGGGCCUCAAAAUCCUGGUCCCAGUGCACCUCUGAAGUGGGUACAGCAUUCCUUAACAACACUCCUUUCAGCCAAAGGUUCUUCGCCUUCUCGUAACCAUUCUCGGAUGAUAUUCCUUGGCAUCAAUUUUUACGGGAAUGAUUUUCUACUGUCUAGAGGCAGCGGUGGUGGUGCUAUCACUGGGAGAGAUUUUGUUCAUUUGCUUGAGAAGUACAAGCCAUCUUUGCAGUGGGAUGAGAAAAGUUUAGAGCACUUUUUCAUCUAUUCACAUGAAGGUGUGAGGCAUGCUGUAUUUUUCCCAACACUGAUGUCUCUUUCUUUACGUUUGGAUGAAGCGCGAAAUUGGGGAACAGGUCUUUCGAUUUGGGAGAUUGGACAAGGUUUGGACUACUUUUUUGAUGUUCUAUAGCAAUGCCUCAACAUGCCUUUGUUAUUUUUGGAGGUGGGUCAGUUAAACUACUGCUGUGAAGGAUUUGAGAACCUCAUCCGUAUGGCCUUUUGGUACCAUAUGCACUUUGGGCGUUGUUCUUUUCAGCAUUGAUACUAUCAUCUGAUAAUUGUUCACAUUUUCCAUGAGAAAUUGCUGUGCUGAA